CCUCUUUCCUUUUCAGUUACUUCAAAGUCCAAAUUAUCUUCAACCAUCAAGUAGGAACUGAAUUAUUGCACUUACAAUAUGACAAGCACCUCUCAAGUUAUUACAUGCAAAGCUGCAGUAUGUUGGAAGGUUGGAGAGGGAGUGAAGGUUGAAGAGAUUCAAGUUGAUCCACCAAAAGCAAAUGAAGUUCGACUUAAGAUGCUUUGUUCUAGCAUCUGCCACACUGAUAUCUCAAGCAUUCAAGGAUCUCCGAUGUUUAAUUUUUAUCCUCUAGCACUUGGACAUGAAGGAGUUGGGGUUGUAGAAACUGUUGGGGAUGAAGUCAAGAGUGUGAAAGAAGGCGAUACAGUGAUUCCAACAUACAUAGAAGAGUGCCAAGAAUGUGAGAAUUGCAUUUCAGGGAAAUCAAAUUUGUGCAUGACAUGUCCUGUGAGGCUGACUGGCUUGAUGCCAGAUAACACUUCAAGGAUGUCCUGCAGAGGCCAGAGGCUAUACCACCCUUCGAGUUGUGCCACGUGGUCCGAAUACACGGUUAUUGAUGCUAAAUUGCUCGUCAAAGUUGAUCCAAGCAUUGAUCCAGCCCAUGCCAGUUUCAUCUCAUGUGGGUUCUCAACUGGCUAUGGAGCUGCAUGGAAGGAAGCCAAGGUUGAAAGUGGAUCAAGUGUUGCUGUCUUUGGUCUUGGUGCUGUUGGAUUAGGGGCUAUAAGUGCAGCAAAAAUAUUGGGGGCAACAAAGAUAAUAGGGAUUGACAUAAAUGAUAUGAAGAGAGAAAAAGGUGAAGCUUUUGGAAUGACUCACUUUAUAAAUCCAAGUGAUUCUGAUAAAUCUUCUUCAGCAUUGGUGAAGGAACUUAGUGGUGGAAUGGGUGUGGAUUAUUCCUUUGAGUGCACUGGAGUUGACCCUUUGCUUACUGAAUCAUUAGAAGCUACAAAAGUGGGUUCAGGUAAAACAAUAAUACUUGGUUUAGGAAAUGAACCAUAUGUAUCAUUAGGUCUGUUUACUAUUGCUUUUGGGAGAACUUUGAAAGGGUCGAUGUUUGGUGGGCUAAAACCAAAAUCGGACCUGCCUAUCCUAGCUGACAAAUGCAUUAAUCAGGAAUUUCCUCUUCAAGAACUAUUCACCCAUGAGGUCCAAUUAACAGAUAUAGAACAAGCAUUUGAGCUAUUGAAACAACCCAAUUGUGUGAAAGUUGUCAUCAAGAUAUAAUAUUAUUCCAACAACCAAAUCAAAAAGAGAUAGAGCAAAUCCUCAAUAACAGGGGUAAGGAUCCAAUUCACACACAGCACCACAUGACUUUAGAGAAGUGGCAGAAUCUGCUAGCUCACAAGGAGCUGCACAAGGUUCGAAUCCUGAGUAAGCGCAAGAAGUUAUAGAACUCAUAAU